AAAUUCCGUUCUGCAUGAUUCGCAUUGGAUGCCGUCAACUGCACAAAGAAAGAUUAAAAAAAAAAAAGAACUGUCGGUUUAGCUUGCAUGGAAUUAAACUAGCAAAGAUUGGAGAUGCUACCCAAAACGCAAACGCAAACGCUAACGCUGAUGCAAAAGACUUUAUCGUAGGCUUAGCCUGUAAGGAAUUAGACUGAGCAGUGCUCACCAAGAAACUGUCCAGAAUCUACUGAUCUCUGAAGUCUCCCUUUCAUAAAGUCUUGGCGUCUUCUCGUGAAGAGCUGAGCGAAGUAGAGAGAGAGAGAGAGAGUUAGAGGAGAGAGAAGUAGUUUCAAGGGGAAAACAGCCAGUUUCGGCAACAGCAGUGGAUUUGUGAGUUAGGGAGUAUCAGGCUCUAUUUGGGAAAGCUUCUUCACUGCUGCUGCACUAUUUAGCUUGUUAAGAUGGUGAGAAAGAGAAGAACCGCUCUUCCUGGCUAUGCUGAUGGUGGUGGUGAGGGCUCAGGAUCUCAAAACCCUGGUGGUGGUAGAAGAGAUGGAGCUCAAACUUCUACGGUUUCACAGCAACAGGGUGGAACUCAUCACUCUCCAGCUCCACAGGAAUUGGGUGGAGCUCAAAACUCUCAAGCACCAGGAGGAGCUGGAAGGGCAUGUGGGCCUGUCAAUCCUCAACAAUUAGGGGGACGCAGUGCUGGUUAUCACCAGAGCGGUGGCGGACAGCCCUCUCGCGGGAGUAUGGUCCAGCAGCAAGCUCCCCGGAUGGGGUUCCAACAUCCUGGUGGGCAACAGGGUAGUGGUGAAUCUCAGCAGCAUCACGCUGGCCGCAGAGUUGGUGCAUAUGCAUCAGCUGGGCAAGGAAUUUGCCCAUCUGUAGCCGAAUCAUCUAAGCUGCAGCGGCGUCCCGAACUGCACCAAGCAACACAAACUCCACACCAAGCGGCACCUGCUCCGACAAGCUCAUCAAGUCCUGAUGUGGCUCUGAUGGAGGGUUUUCAGGACCUUUCUCUUCAGGCUGAAUCCUCAGCUAGUCGGGCUAUGGUUCCAGUUUCAAGCAAAUCAAUGAGAUUCCCAUUGCGCCCAGGCAAAGGCAGUUAUGGGACCAAGUGUCUGGUUAAGGCAAACCAUUUCCUUGUGGAGCUUCCUAAGAAGGAUCUUCAUCACUAUGAUGUUUCCAUUAAACCUGAAGUUACUUCACGUAGUAUAAAUCGAGCUGUGAUUGAAGAGCUUGUAAGGGUGUUUAAAGACUCCGAUUUGGACGGCCGCCUUCCAGCAUAUGAUGGUAAAAAGAGCCUUUAUACGGCAGGAGCUCUUCCAUUUACUUCUAAUAAAUUUCGAGUUACUCUAGUUGAUGAAGAUGAUGGAGCUGGUACUGAAAGACGGCAAAGGAAUUUCCAAGUUGUUAUCAAACUAGUUGCUCGUGCUGAUCUUCAUCAUCUAGAAAUGUUUCUGGCUGGAAAACAAGCAGAUGCUCCUCAGGAAGCUAUUCAAAUUCUUGAUAUUGUGCUGCGUCAGUUGCCCACUGCUAUGUAUUCUUCUGUUGGUCGAUCUUUCUACUCUCCAAAUUUUGGUCUGAGAAAACCACUUGGUGAAGGCUUAGAAAGCUGGCGUGGAUUUUAUCAAAGCAUCAGGCCGACACAGAUGGGCUUGUCACUGAAUAUUGAUAUGUCAUUUGCUGCAUUCAUUGAACCAUUGCCAGUCGUCGACUUUGUAAAUCAGUUUCUGAAUAGGGAUGUUAGGGAUGUUCCAUCAAGACCAUUAUUGGACUCAGAUCGUCUAAAGAUCAAGAAGGCUCUAAGAGGUGUGAAGAUUGAGGUUACACAUAGGGGUCAUAUGCGCAGAAAGUUUAUCAUAUCUGGUUUAUCAUCACUGCCAGCUACAGAGUUGACUUUUUCUGUUGACGAGAGUGGUACAAUGAAGUCAGUAGUGGCAUAUUUUCAAGAGACUUACGGGCUCACCAUCCGACGUGCCAAUUGGCCUUGCCUGCAAGUUGGCAAUCAAAAAAAGCUAAACUAUUUACCUAUGGAGGUUUGCAAGAUUGUAGAAGGACAAAGAUAUUCGAAUAGGUUGAAUGUAAGACAAAUAAGUGCUCUUCUAAAGGUUGCUUGCCAGCGUCCAAUUGAUCGAGAGCGUGAUAUUAUCCAGACUGUUAAUCUCAAUGCAUAUGAUGAGGAUGCAUAUGCCAAGGAGUUUGGAAUUAAAAUCAGUAAAAAUCUUGCUUUAGUUGAAGCACGCAUUCUGCCUCCCCCUACGCUGAAAUACCACGAAACUGGCCAGGAGGAGAAUUGUUUGCCACGGGUUGGCCAGUGGAAUAUGAGGGAUAAGAAAAUGGUAAAUGGUGGGAGGGUUAGGAGCUGGACUUGCAUCAAUUUUGACCGAAAUAUACAAAAUAAUGUUAUUCAUAGAUUCUGCGAGGAGCUAGCUGAGAUGUGCCGUACGUCGGGGAUGGAAUUUGCUUCGGAACCUAUUCUUCCUCCUAUAUUUGCACGGCCUGAUCGAGUUGAAGGAGCAUUGACAGCACGCCAUCAUGAAGCAAUGAGUAUAAUGAAUAAGGAACUUGAUUUACUUAUUGCAAUAUUGCCAGACAACAAUGAUUCUCUUUAUGGGAAUUUGAAGCGUCUAUGUGAGACUGAGCUUGGGUUAGUUUCACAAUGUUGUUUAGCUAAGCAUGUUUAUAAGUUGAACAAACAGUAUCUAGCCAAUGUUGCUUUGAAGAUAAAUGUGAAGGUUGGAGGCCGAAAUACUGUGCUUGUGGAUGCUAUAUCUAGACGGAUACCUUUGGUCAGUGACAAGCCUACAAUCAUAUUUGGCGCUGAUGUGACACAUCCUCACCCUGGGGAAAACUCUAGGCCAUCAAUUGCUGCUGUUGUGGCAUCUCAAGACUGGCCAGAGAUAACUAAAUAUGCAUGGCUGGUUUCUGCUCAGGCCAAUCGCCAGGAACUUAUUGAGGACUUGUAUAAAAUUGAACAGGAUCCAAGACGUGGUAGUAUUCCUGGUGGCAUGAUCAGGGAACUACUUCUUUCAUUUAAAAGGGCAACAGGAUUCAAGCCUGAGAGGAUAAUUUUCUACAGGGAUGGUGUGAGUGAGGGACAAUUUCAUCAGGUUCUGUUGCACGAACUUGAUGCGAUAAGGAGGGCUUGUGUUUCUUUGGAGUCUGAUUACCUACCUCCUGUUACUUUUGUGGUUGUUCAAAAGCGCCAUCACACUCGAUUGUUUGCAAACAACCAUAACGACCAACGUUCGGUUGAUAGAAGCGGCAACAUACUUCCUGGCACGGUUGUUGAUUCAAAAAUUUGUCAUCCCACCGAGUUUGACUUCUACUUGUGCAGUCAUGCUGGAAUUCAAGGUACUAGCCGGCCUGCACAUUACCAUGUAUUAUGGGAUGAAAACAAAUUCUCUGCUGAUGCACUGCAGAUGCUUACCAAUAUCUUAUGCUACACAUAUGCAAGGUGCACAAGAUCAGUUUCAAUUGUGCCCCCUGCAUAUUAUGCCCAUCUUGCUGCUUUUAGGGCAAGGUUUUAUAUGGAGACAGAGACGUCGGAUAGUGGCUCAAUGGUAAGUGCUGCGGCUGGCCGAGCUUCUGCUGCAAGCGGUUCUCGCAACGAUCGAGCACCUGGAAGUAGUGCUGUGAGGCCUCUACCUGCUCUAAAGGACAAUAUCAAGCAGGGGAUGGUCUAUUGCUGAGGUAUUCUGCCAGUUAUUGCUCUAUUUCCUUAUCUCAUCAGGGUUCAAAACUGACUGUAAAUUCAGACUUGUCUUUUAUCUUAGAACAUGUCUAUUUCCCACGUCCAGCAUAAUUAGUAUUUUGGUGUUUGGGAGUGUCUUUAAAUGGAGAUAUUAUUAUGUGCAGAGACCGAAUGCAGAAUAUCAUCCGGAAACUGUCAGAAUGUGUCACGUCAGUAGUACCGAGCCACGGUACCGAGCAAGGGGUGACGUGAUAUAUUCUGGUUGGUCUUCGGUCGGCGUUCGGCAUCCGCACAAAAUAAUUAAUCCUUUAAAUGUGGCUGUAAUGAUUAUGUAGUUGUGUUUGAAGUGACAUUUUUCUUAGCACCAUGAACUUGUUUGUGAUAUACUUUGUAGUAUAUAUGCUCAUGUUUAUUGUUCGGAUUUCAGUGCUUUUAUUGAUGAUUUGUAUUAGAAUUGGUUGGAUCUGUGUUGUCGCUUUACAGCAUGUAGCAUCUGUUAAAAUUUUGUUA